GAUGCUCACACCCGCGCAGGCUUCAAGAAGGGCGUCAACCGCGCGACGACGCAGGUGCUCAUGAAAACAGGCCAGGUCGAGCGCACAAAUGACCGCGACUACGAAACGGAGCUGCGGUAUGCCCCCGUCGUCCCCCUCCCGCCCUCGCACAGCCCUGACAUGCGCGCAGCCGCUACCGCACCAUGGAAACGGCCGCCAACAAGCUCCAGAAAGAGGCCAAGGGCUACCUCGACUCGCUGCGCGCCAUGACGGCCUCGCAGAUGCGCAUCGCCGAGACCAUCGACGCCUUCUACGGCGACGCCGGGGCCAAGGACGGCGUCUCGCGCUCCUACAAGCAGGCCGUCACCGACCUCGACGCCGAGACGAUAAAAGCCCUCGACGGGCCGUACCGCACCACCGUGCUCGACCCCAUCCAGCGCUUCUGCUCCUACUUCCCCGACAUCAACGCCUGCAUCACCAAGCGCGACCACAAGGCCCUCGACUACGACCGCACGCGCGCCCAGGUCAAGAAGCUGACCGACAAGCCCGACAAGGACGUGACCAAGCUGCCGCGCGCCGAGAAGGACGAGCAGAUGGCAAAGGCCUCGUACGACCAGCUGAAUGAGAUGCUGACGACAGAGCUGCCGCAGCUCAUCGACCUGCGCGUGCCAUACCUGGAUCCCAGCUUCGAGGCACUCGUCAAGAUCCAGCUCCGCUUCUGCGCCGAGGCGUACUCGCGGAUGGCGCAGGUGCAGCAGUAUCUCGACGCCGACACAAGAGAUCAGUACGCACAGGGCGAGCUGGACGCAAAGGUCGAGGAGGUGCUGCAGGAGAUUCGCGAUCUGAGCAUCGCGGGGACGGUGUAAUGUGGGUGGGGUUAAUGGGCGAAGGGCGACUUUCUUGUUUGGCAUUUAGCAUUUAGGCAUUGGGACACCUUGGUUGGGGUGGAGAGACGAGGGCGUACAGGCAGACGGACGCUUAGAUAUCACCGCCGGAUGCUGGCUGCGUGAGGCAGACGCCGUAACCUUUUGAAAACAAUGUGCUGUGAUUUGACGAACUGGUGGCAAUCUUAUUGUAUAUCGUAAUCUAGAGUAACGAGAUCCGGAUGCAGUUCUUCUCCCCAG